AUGAUGACGUACAGGUGUGGGCGUGAAGCCGCUGGGUGGAGGGGCAAGGAGAACACACUGGUAACGUGGAGAGGAAGCAUUGCAGCUGAGUGGAGGGACUGCUCGCCAGGAGAGCUAGCCACACGUGUUUUAUUGAGACCCAGGUAUCAGAAACCCCAAUAACCCAACUUUAUGGCCAUAGACCUAGUCCUCUCUGCUGAAGGUGCCCUUCGGCCAGGGAGAGAGGUAUGUACCCCCCAUGGACCUGGCAAUGCCACCAUCAAUACUCUCAUCAGACAUAUAUGUAGGCAUUGUAAAGGGUGCUGCACCCUCCCCUCUCCCCCCCUGGGGGAUUGGCUGACUUCACAUCAUGGAGCAGGUUGCCCACUCACCACAACAGCUGGUAUGGCAAGCAGUAGCCAUCACUACUGCUUGGUGACCCAGUAUUGUCCCUAAAAAAAAAAGCUCCGCUAGUUCUUUAAACCAGGCCUGCGGGUGUUAGGAUCAUUUCAUUUUACUUUUAAACCUGCUCUGAAUUAAUAAUCAGAUACGUAAAGAAUCAUAAGGGAAAAUGUGGAGAAUUAUGGGGAAUGUAGUCCAUGACAGGUGGAGUGCCAAAAACCUGCCCUAUAGUGAAAGGGAGGUUGCAUUCCCUGCUCAUGUCAAUGCAGGAGUAUCCGUAUAGCCUCAGGCGCUCCUAUGACAGCAUUAAAUGGUUGCCAGAUUUCCGAAUGCCUUCUGCCAGUUAUACUUUUUCAUUGGUUGGGGUUUGUAGAAUUGUGUUUCUAGUCUGUUUUUGGGGGGUCUAACAUUCUACGUUUCUAAACAUAACUAUGGACAAAAUCCUAUUUAAAGAUUCUAAGCUAUGGAAUUGAGCAUCCCAAGCCUAAUUAAUCCAAUCGAAAAACAUUGUUUUCAUAAAAUUUUAGCUUUGGUUAGAAUAACUCAUGGUGUGCUAGUCUGACAACCCCCUCGCCUGUUUAAAUUUUAUAUAUAUAUAUAUCUCAAUAAAAUACAUUUAAAACGUACCUCCAUUCCAGAGGCCUGCGCAAGUUCUCCUUGGAGCCUGAUCCUCCUAUGCUGACGUCACUCCUCCACACUGGGGGAACAAUGUUACAGAGCAAUUCUUAUUUCAGGGUGGCUAAUGAGGUGGAGUUCAUAGCAAAACACUGCACAUACAGACUUCAGGCACCAUGACCACAUCAAAUCACUGAUUUGAACAUGAUGCUUGGAGCCAGUAUAAAUGUUUUUAUUUUCAUGUUUGUUUUUUCUUCAUAAUGAAAUCUAGUCCAUAAAGCCUUACUCACCCUCCUGUAUACUACAGGUAUGAUUGCCAGCCUGUAGCGGUAUGGAUUUAUUUUGCUAAAAGCCACUAGUCACUGAUAUGCCUGUAAAUCUGUUGAAAAUGUAAGUUCACCCCCUGCUUUCAAACAGUACAGGAAGUUUCGAUGGAUCACAUAAUUCUUUCAGUAAGAGAGAGGGAAGGAGUGAAUGGACCCUACCAUUUCACUGUUUGCAUUACAUUAGCUGUUUUAAAUACAAUUUAUUUUAGAAGUAUAUAUGAUUUAACUGUAUUUACUAAAUGUAGGUGUCAACAUAAUUGCAGACAUUCUUUUAUAUUCUGUGGCCAUUUUCAUUAAGCCGCACUGCUAGUCUUUAAAAACACCUAAAAACAAGAUAUUUGACCAGUUUAAUUUAUUAUUGUCACAGGUAAUGUAUGUAAGAAAAAUUGCAUUUUUUGCUUGUAUACCAGUAUUUGUUAUCUUGAGCAAUCAGAAUCUGUUCUUAUUAUUCACUAAACCUCCAAUCUUAGCAAAUCAUUUCUGAAUUGUAAAUUCAGACUAAAAUAGCCAGCUUAAUUUCACAGUUGAGAUUUAAAGGGACACUCCAGACACCCAGACCACUUCUGCCCAUUGGAGUGGUCUGGGUGCCAACUCCCACCACCCUUAACCCUGCAAGUGUAAUUAUUGCAGUUUUUAUAAACUGCAAUAAAUGCCUUGCAGGGUUAAGUCCUUCUCUAGUCGAUCAGAUAGCCACUAGAGGGACUUCCAUGUUCUUAGAACAUGAAAGUGUCUUAAACAACGCUGGACGUCCUCACGCUAUGCAUGAGGACCUCCAGCGUCACCGGAAUCCCCAUAGGAAAGCACUGAAUAAUGUUUUCCUAUGGGGAGGUCUAAUGUGUGUACGGCCAUUGCCGCGCAUUAGGUCUCCCCCGUCAGCGGGGGAGGAUCACGGGUAGAGCCUGACCCAGCGCCGAGGGACAUGUCCCUCGGCGCUGGAUUUAGAUGAGUCACUGAAGGGGUUUUAACCCGUCACCACUACAGCUUAUUGUAGUUGUUCUGAAGUCUAUAUACUGCCCCUGCAUGCUUUUCAAUGUAAACACUGACUUUCCAGACAGUGUUUACAUUGCUUUCUGGUAAAACCUCUAGUGACAGUCAUUCAGACGGCCUCUAGAAGUGCUUCAUGGGUUGCUACUGCACAGUGUGAAGCACCUACGUUAAAGCUUUCCAUAAGAAAGCGUUGAUUCAAUGUAUCUCUAUGAGGAGUAGUUGAUUGCGCAGCAUGGUGUUUUUGUCGCGCAUGCACAAAUGUCUCCCAAUGUUUUUCUCUGAGGAAGCAUUGGAUUGGCUGAGAUUGAUGAUAUCAGCCAUUGAGGUGGGGCCAGCCAAGGCGUGAGUAAAAACAUCUUUCCCAUGUGAUUGGAGGAGGCAAGUCACCUAAACGUACACUCACUGACACACACACACACACACACACACACACACACACACACACUGAUUUGACACACACACUCACAAAUCAUUACUUUUUUUAUUUUAAAAUCCUCCCAACUAGGUAGGGACCUUUGGGAGAGCUGGAGUUGAUCAGCUUUCCCUGGGGUCCAGUGGGACUGCUGUCAUCUCCCUGCUCUCCUGCCUAGAGUUCUUUUUAUUAUUGCAGUGCCGGAAUAAGGUCAUUCCGGCUCCCGGCAUCACGGGAGGGCGUGCAAGGGAGUAGAGCAGGGAGAUUGCAGCUCCCUCGUGCUUCCUUGUGCUUACCAUUUUAAUGAGGGAUUUCCUAUUGACUGACCUUUUUAUCUACUGUACAUUUUAAGAAUUUUAUUCUAAAGUUCUAAACACUGUUGUGAAAUGUACUGCGUAGCCUAGUGUGCUGUUUAGUGGGGAGGCCUGAAUAUACCCAGAGACAGGGGCACUAAAGCGUUAGGAAUACUGAGUACUCAUAACGCUUUACUGUUAAUUUAACACAGAAUUUUAGUGAAUUGAAAGCCAAAAUGUGCGCUGAAAUAGCCAAACGCAGUGGUAAUGUCACUACUUAGAAGUGGGAAACCGAGGUUCAAUUCCCAAUCAGACCUUAUCUUAUCCAAACGAUAUAUAUCUGCCUACUUGAAAUGGUUAUAGAUUGUGAGCUUGUCUGAGCAGGGCCUUCUUUGCCUCUAAAUAUUCCCAUUGUAUAAUUAUAAAGUGUUGCAGAAUAUGUUGGAACAAUAUAAAUGAUUAUUAUAAUAAUAACAAUAAUAAUAGAAGAGUUGAAUCAUUUUACAAAUCAUAACUUUUUGCCUAAAUUUUGCAGCUCCAUUUUCAGUCCCUUAAAAUAUGAUAAUUAAUGCUUCAACCAGACCAUUACUUGUCUCCUUGCACUGCUUUGUAUGUGGGUAUAAAGUAUGAAUGUACUACUCAUUGUACAAUUUAUUUUUUAGUUUUAAUUCAGUUUUGACUAGAUCAUAUGAAUCAUAAAUAAUUUGUAGAGAUAGACAUUGGCUGAUUAACUAAAGUGGGAUUUUUUUGAGAAUUAAAACUAAAAAUAUAGUUGAAUUGUUUUUGAGUUUUUGUUCCAAUUAAUCAGUUUUGUCCUAAAAUUUUAUAUUUUCAGAUUCCUUUUUACAUGCUCCAAAAUCCUUACUUUACUCUUUAACCCUGAAAGUACUGCGCGAAAGUCUUCCUUCUUUCCAAGUAAAGCCAUCAGAGUAGUAAGUGUUUAUUUGUGGAGGGAAUAAGAUCACAUUUGUGACUGAUCUAUAUUUAUAUAAAUCUAUUGUCUUCUCUUUCAGUUACUGUGUAACGGCAUUAUGGUGAAGAAAAAAGUAAAAAACAUUCCUGUACAAGAUUCGUCAGAUACCGGUAUGGUUAAUUUGAUGAGGGUUUUAUAUCAUGGACUGUAAAUGUAUCUCUGGGAAGUGGGGACAGCUUCUGUAUUUUUUAGCUUGAAUUCACACACUGAAGCAAUUACAUUCUGCUCAGCAAGCACAAUUUGGUGAGUCCGACUUAGUUUAAUGAAUAGAAUGUCCUGUAUCUACUUACAAUAUCUUUGUGGCUGUCCUGAAUAGGGAGUGAUCACAGUAAGUGCCCCAUUCUAUCCAUUGAAUUACAUAAUUCGAUGACAUCAUUACAUAUCUUACAGGUCAGUGCACAUGUUAUCUCACGUUGGCAUAAUGGGUCAUCGAGCCAUAGUGAAUCCAUGACUUAAUAAUACUCUUCCUUUUUUCGUAGGCUGCCUUUUGUCUUUUAACAGGACUGUGUCUUACAAUUGUUAGAUUUCUGUUUACUAUGCAUUGUCUCAGGCUUUGCCAGAAUAGGCCCAAAGAAGCAUAUCUUACUGUAACGCUAAGCUGUCUGUAUAAGGGUUUAUAUCACACGUGAACAUGGCAAACGAUGUGCUAUCCUGCAUGAGAAAGAAACAUCAGGACAAAUAGUGUUGGCAAGAUUUAAAAAAAAUAAGGAUGGGGAUUAAAAGAAAGUCUGGAAAUAGUACAGUAAGCUCUGUGGAAAAAUCCUUGUUUUAAAUUUUGUCUGUAAUAGGAAUGUCCUGCCAGUUUUCUGAUGGCUAUGUACCUGGAGUUGUAGACCUGCUCCCUUGCACAGAUCCUGAUAAUUACAAACGUAUUAUUUUCUAUGACAGGACCAGCUUGCAGUCAUCUCCGGAAAGCAGUCGAAGAAGGACCAGUUAAAAAAGCUUUGGUGAAUGUCGAUUGGACUAUUUGUCAGGAUUGUCCAGUGGACAACAAGGAGAAGGAUGGUUCUGAGGAGGAGUCUGUAGAAAGCUCUCAGAUUUGGCUGUGUCUCAAAUGUGGAAAUCGGGUAUAGUACAAGUAUAUUAGUCGAGAUAUCACAAUGUUUCAAACUUUCAUUCUGAUCUAUGAGGACAGAUCGUAUCCUAUAAUUCUUUACCAGCAAAAAAUGGGAUGAGUAGUUUUUCCUUAAAGAGCAAUUUCAAUCGUCACAUAAGCUGAUAUGAACUGCUUUUUAAACUGAUAGCAGCCAUACUGUUUAGUGCAAUGGGCUGUGUGUGAGAGCUGCACAUUCAGAGUCUGAGGCUUUGCUUUCUCUCCAGGGAAGAUAAAGGCUUUCCUACUGUUCCUGAUAUAAGCAACCAGCUUGAUUGAUAGUCCUGAUGACAAUGAGUGCACUCAGGGUAUUCUAAGAACCAAGCACUUUGCAAUAAUGCAAAGCACAUUUGGUGCUUAGACUGACCCUAUAACUGUACAAUUGAAAGUUGAUACACCACAUGAUUUAUCCUCCUUAAAAAAAAAAAUGUUUUUUUAAAUUGUUCCUUUAUUUGAGUAAGGAACCUUGGAUACAAAGUUCCUGACCCUUUAAGGCUAGAUUCUAUCACAUGACAUUCUAAGUGUUUCUAUUGGAAACAUUGUACUGUGCUGCAGAAUAUGUGCACUGAUCUAUUUUAAUUUUAUUCCAUGUGUGGCACAACUUCUUAUAUAUCCUUUUUUUUUUUUUUUUUUUUGUCUCUUUGAAGGGUUGUGGGAGGUAUUCGACACACCAGCACGCAUUAAACCAUUAUAACAAGCCAAGAUCAGUCCCUCACUGCGUGGUGCUCAGUAUGGAGACGUGGGGUGUAUGGUAUGUUAAUCUUCAGCUUGUCUGGAUAUCGAAUUCAGUGUUUAGCAUUUACUGUAAACUGAAAAUGCAAGGCUUAUAUUGCUGUACCGCAUAGUGAUGGCAUAUCUAGGAUUCUUCUCCUGUACCUACAGCGCAUUUAACUGGACUUUGGUUUGAUGGCUGCUUUAAAAAAAAAAAGUUAGUUCAAGGGCUCACCCUGUACCCACACUUGCAAUAUGUAGGUUAUUAUUGUCCACCCCCCCACCCCCACCCAAAUCUUUUUUUUUUUUUUUUUUCUUACACUUUGCCUUCUCUUUAUCCCAUCCUGCUAUAGUAAUACUCCGUGCUGUCCUUAUGUUCUAGGAGUUGUAGCUGAUAUCAUUCUAACUCCAGAACACACUAGGUUAAUAACAUUUUGCUUAAAACAUAGUUGUUGUUGGGUUUUUUUUUUGGUUUUUUUAAGGGACACUAUUGUCACCAGAACACUACAAUUUAAUGUCUGUAGCGUGUCCCUGCAAGAUUUUUUAUAUAAACGCAGACUUUUCAGAGAAAAGGCAGUCUGUACACAGGUGCCUAGUAACAUCUCUAGGUGCAGUCAUUCAGAUGGCCACUAGAGGUGCUUCUUAGUCCAGUGGUGCACACUGUGCAGCACUUGUGUUCAGCAUCUCCACGCUCUGCAAGGAGGUGCUGAACAUUCCCCGUAGAGAUGCAUUGCAUCUCUAUAAGGAGAUGCUGACUGGUGCAGCGUUUUGCCGUGCAUGCACAAUAGCCUCCCAGUGCUUUCCUAAAAAAAGGUGAAUAAAAUAAUCUUAAUUUUGCAGUAAAUUUGACAUUUCCUUUAAAUUCUCAACAGUUCUCAUUUUAGUAAAUAACUAUGUUAGUCUUAUAUAUCUAUUUAUUCCAAAUCUUUUCUCUUCUCAUUUUAAUAGGUGCUAUGCAUGUGAUGUUGAAGUUCCAUUCACUAACACUAGUCGAUUAGGUCAGCUGGUGGAAUAUAUCCAACGAAAAUCCAAAUCAAGUGUCAAAACUCUCAAUUCAGGUUUGUACUUAACGGGACUCUACACUCCAAUACUGUUUGGUAUUCACUAAACCUCGAAUCUUGUGAAAUCACAUGAAUUGCAAACAAAUUCAGCAUAUAUCUAUCUCUCUCUAGAUUUUUCAAAACAAAACUUGUAUAUUUUUUUUUAAACUAUAAAUGUAUUAAACAUCGAAACGUUGAUUUUUGCCAACCUUAAUACACUUUGCAAAAAUUAACAUUUCGACCUACUGGCCUUUAUCUUGAUAAAGCUUUAAUUCGACCUUUUCCCUUGUUUGUAUGGUUUCACCUGAGUGAGCAAAGUGAAGCAGCAAAGAAUAUGUAGAUAAUCUCAACGGAAAUUAUAUUUUGUCGGUUUAGUGUAUUCAAAUAUGUCAACUGUAUUAAACCAUCUUUGAAAACACAUUCUCAGUAAAUAUGGUCAUAAUGAAAAAAACUGCAAAAUACAUUUGUAGAGGAAAACAAAUUAAAACCUGCUGUGUGCAUUUUGCACUAGUGGGUAGCGUACUUCACUUUAAGCAGUAGUGUUACAAUUAAGCAGCCAUUUAAAAAAAUAUAUAUUUAUUGUUAUGCAUCCCCCGCAUAUCUCAAGUUUGAAUUUGAGGGUCCUUCUUGGGUGUCAAAAGUUGCGAUAUCGUGUUUCCACAGUUAUCCCAGAGUUCCCUGCUUGAUAUGCAAAUGAGCACAGGCAAACAUUGUGUUUCAUACUUCCUUCUGCAUUGUUGCAGAUACCCCUAGCAAUAGACAUUGUUUUAAACACAGCUUUUAGAGAAAAAAAGAAAGAAGGGAAAAAACCUUGGCUAUUAUUCAAAAGGAUCAGUGAGCAGAAAAAAUAUAUGGCAAUGGAUAAAAGCAGUCAGGACCGUACGCAGACAAUAUAGUACAACAUGCAUGAUACAAAAAAGGAAAACCGAAUUUCUCUUUAACUCUGUAUCCUAUUCUAAAAAUAUUGCAGAACAGUUUGUACUCGUAGUUUUAGAUUUCUGAAGACAUUUUGUAUAUCAAUAUUUACUGAUCAUUUCUUGUGACAGUGUCUGUGCCAUUUUAAACAACGCUGACUUCAAAGACCAGCUUUGCUUUGCAUAUAUGGCCAACGUCUAGGGCUAUAUCAAGGCCUUUACUUGUAAAAUGGUCUAUUUUGGAAUUGUUUCAUUUGUUUUGUCUUUUGUUUCAUAAGAGAAAGCUGUUAUUGUUGGCGUUCACAUCUGACCCAGACACCUGUGCAAAUAUGAAAUAUUGUAUUCCCGGGCAACUUCCUUGAUGAAUAUGUUGGGCCAUUUAAAGUUUUGCCAUAUUUUAGAAUAACACCAACCUUCCUGAGAGGGUUAUGGAUUUAUAUUAAUACGUUGUGUAAAUGAUUCCAUCUAGGGGUUUUGGGGACCUUCGAAGUGAUUCAUGAUGGCUCCAGAAUUCUGCAUUCUUUUUCCAUCUUAUAUGAUUCUAUUAUGAUUUUUUUUUUCUUCAGUUAGGAUUAUGUUUGGGGUAGAGAUAGGGUUCCUUUAAACAUUUGGGAGCACCAGGGAAGUCAUGAUAGUAUUUGUGUAUUUACUUAUUUAUUUUUUUAUUUUCCUGAUGUAUAGUGUCAGUACAAGAAGGAUGUUCUUCCUUAAAGGGACACUAUGGACACCCAGACCACUUCUGCCAAUUGGAGUGGUCUGGGUGCCUUGCGCCUCUCCCCUUAACCCUGUUAGUCAAAACACAGCGGUUUUGGAGAAACCGCAGUGUUUUGAUUACAGGGCUUAUCCCAAGUCUAGUUGCUGUCUCUCAGACAGCCGCUACAUGUUUUUUUUUCGGAUUCUUACAGCACCAAAAGUGGUUUUAAAUGAUGUUUGACAUCCCCACGCUCUGCAUGAGGACGUCGAGCAUCGCCGGAAUCCCCAUAGUAAAGCAUCGAAUAUUGCUUUCCUAUUGGGAGGUUUAAUGCGCGUGUGCGCAUUAGGUCUCCCCUGCCAGCAGCCGGCGUCGGGGGAGGAGUGUGGGCGGAGCUAAGGCAGUGUUGAGGGACAUCGGUGCUGGAACCAGGUAAGCGCUACAGCAGGGGGCCUUGACAGAAGGUAAAGCUACAGUGCCAGGAAAACUAGUUUGUUUUCCUGGUACUAUAGUUUCCCUUUAAGGUGGACGAGUAGCCUCUAUAAUUAAAAAUGUUAAUUAGGAGAGAACCCACCCCUGAUACUUUAAAUAAUGUCUUUGUGUCUGUUAUUUGUUUUAUUUUGUUUAUGUCAGUAUUAACAGAGCAAGAUGUGUGUACAUCUGAAAAGGUGGAAGAGACAAUUAAAAGUAGAACAAGCGAGAACAUGGAAGAAGAUCCCAAUAAAAUUUCUAAAGGGGACAAAGCGGUCCACACCUUGAGUAACAAUCAAGAACCCACUGUAAAGGGGCUCAGUAAUUUGGGGAACACGUGCUUCUUUAAUGCUGUGAUGCAAGUGAGUCAAAAAGUUCUUGUCGUUUAAUGUUUGUUUUUUUUACAAACCAUUAUGUUAGCGUAAACAGAAUAACUAAUAUCAUAACUUAGAAUUCAUAUUUUAUGCAUGUGUGUUAGCGAUGUGACUAACGCAGUGAAUAUUCUGGAUACAUAGACUAUAAAUUGAGAUUCUAAUGCACUUUAUGUUUUUUGUUUUUCUUUCUUUUUAUGAAGAAUUUAUCACAGACCCCUACCUUAAGGGAGCUUCUGACUGAAGUAAAAUUACCCCAGAGUGUUACUGUUGCACUCCCGGAUUCUGUAAGUGGGAACCUAUAUUACAAUGUCUUUUUUUUAAUGUCACCGUACCGAAAUGUAUGAGCCUGUACGCAACAAGCUAAAUAUUACAUUUAAAGGGGAACUAUCACUUCAAAAAAAAAAUCAUUUUUUUUAUAUUGUACUUGAGUAUGCCUGUACUAAACAAAAAUGUAUUUGUGAGUUGUGAAAAGUAAGUGCAAUACUUUUUUUUUAUUUUUUUUAUCCUGCUUCCAUUUUAACUCCUUGUUCUAAGCUCUGUCUGUUUGCACGUCGCAGUCAGCGUAGGGAAAAAAUACAGAGAAGAAGAAAAAUGUUUUUUAAAACUUAAAUACAAAUUGAAAAGUAAACAGAGUGUUUCAUGAACAAACAGUUAACACAACUUAUAGGUUGUAUUCAGUGGUGUAGGUUCAAGAGAAGAGACGGCUCUCCUUUAAUCUCACGUUUCUGCUUAUCAAGAUAAAUUGUAAAAAAUCUGUGUAGAUCAGGUUUUCAAUUCCUGUAUUGAACAGUGUGAUUGACAAUGUGCAAUGUGGGAAUCCCUAAUGUCGGGGAAUACUGGGACAUCCAUGUGUCUGUCUGCCUGAGAAUAGUGGUAGUUGCAUUGAUUGGGCAGCAGCCGCUGACAUUAUUUCAGCUCUCUCCUUUAAUGAUAAGCUGGGAGAGAAGUUGGCGAGAAAAUCACACUGUCUCCCCGCCUCCUCCCCUUUCUGGUACUGGCAUAGGAUUAAAGAAGCAGUCACACUUUUUAACAUGAUUGACAAAAUAAAAAAAAACAUAGUUCUGACAUAGUUCUGAUAUGCGAUGGUAUACACACAUAACAAACAAGUACGUCUGUUUUACAGGAGCGUUUCUAUUUUGUAUCUCCGGUUAGCAGGGAAUUGUAACUAACAUGGGAAUUUAUACGUGUGGUGGCAAUUUCGCCGCCAGCAUAACGCACGUAUUAAAUGUGACGUUCAUUAAAACUUGUGGCAUACACUAGAACUAGUACUGGAUGUCCUGCUCUGUCAUUAAAAGUUAUUUUGGGUUUAUUAUUAAAUCUGCUAAUUCAUCUAUUUCCAGUCUCUUCAAGAGUUGAAUUUAAAUCAGUCACCUGGACCCCUGACCUUAGCAAUGUCCCAGUUCCUGACAGAAAUGCAGGAAACCAAGAAAGGGGUGGUGACCCCAAAAGAGGUCUUCACUCAGGUCUGUAAAAAGUGAGUAUGUACCAGAGUUGCCCAGCUGUCUUUAAAGUACAGGUUUAAACGUCUCAUGGAAGAGUUUCAAUGUCUUGAUAAAAUUAUGCUUGUUCGUAUAGAGAUCAUCAUCUCCUGCUUUGCCUUUAUCUGGGUUAGGAACGUAGAUGUUCCCAUUGGAUCUGCUAGCCACCAUGGCAUUACUGCAACUUGCCGAGAUCCUCGCUUAAAAUGGAACUGUCACGUUGCUGUAUUUAUUUAUAUUCGCUUACCCCUCCCGUAUAUAUUUUAAGAAAUAUACGCUUUUGUUAGGUCUUGAAAAUGAUAUAGACAUCCAUAGACGUUUUAUACUGAUGCUGAAUGCCUUCCAUGGCUGUGACCCACACAGCCUGCUUAGAAAAAAAAAAACUAAAGGGACUUUGCAAGUCAUAGCUAGUUGAGAUGUAACUAAGACUGCAGAAACAGUGAUACGUGAUUUAACUCCUAAAUGGCAGAGGGUGGAGCAGCAGGGCUGCAAGGGCAUGAUCUAUGCACCAAAGCCACUUCAAUAAGCUAAAGUUGAUUUGGUGCUCAGUGCUUUAAAAUCCGAACAUCCUCCUGCUGUGUCUUGCUUAUGUAAAAUUGUCUUCAUUAAAAUAAAAAAAUCUUCUUUAAGCCAUGUGGCUCGGUCACUUUUCAUUUGGAUAGUUGUGCUAUUUGCCGUCGGGGAGAUUUGGGGUUCUUUGUCUCAGUCGGCGUUCUAGUCUCCGAAAGGUUUUGGUUUUCAGUUCACUGCAGUCAAUAAUUUAGUGAUUUUGUAGCUUCUUUCUCCGUUACGCCUUUUUGUUAACAAUAGUUUGUUUGAUUUUUUUGGUGAACAUUGUAUUUUUUACAGAGCUAUACGUUUUAAAGGAUACCAGCAGCAAGAUAGUCAGGAACUGCUUCGUUACCUCCUGGACGGCAUGAGAGGCGAGGAGAUCCAGGUACUACUGCUGAAAGAAGGCGAGCUGCUUAGGAUUGUUAACGUUGCCGAAUGUAUGUAGACGAUAUAUGUUCCAAACGGAUGACAAUCUAGCAUGGAUACACCACCCACUGUUAAUGCAUCGCAGGGUUUAAAAAUAAAAACAUAUAGUAAAAUAUUACAUACCUCCUGAGGAAAUUCUGGACCCGAUCCUAGUCCUCAUAUUGUCAAGGAAAAUGCAGAGAUUAGUUAUUUCUCAUUCCACCAAAAAAGCCAUGAGCAUCUUCUCAUUCACUUCACACAAAAAUAAAUAAAAUAAGUAACUGCUUGCACAUGUGGCUGUGGUUUCCAGCUAUCUUGAUUGCCUUGCAAGAGUUGCACUUUGAAUACUGCUCUCAGCCAUCUUAGCAUGGUAAUGUGAAAGGUGUGUGUUUUGUUUUGUUUUUUCUCCUGACUAUAUUGAAGAAACCUACCGCUUUGUGUCUCGCCACUCAAACCAGUCACCCCUGAUGUGUUGGUGUCACUUUCUAUUCUGUACAUUCCGGCUCUCUCUGUCUCACGGUUUCUCAAUUAGCACAAUAUCCAUAAGACGCUACCUGUUAAAAUAAGCUUGCAAUUAGAAAACUUUUAUCCAUCACUGAUUCUACCUAUGUAUCUAAUGCUGUUCUAAUUUGUCUUGAAUUGAAGCUGUGACUUUUUAUUUUUUCAUUUGAUCUCAAUUUACUGCAAUGAAGUGUUUUCUGAAUACACUCCUUUCUGUUUCAUGUGUCUUAUGUUCCAAGCAGUCUGUAAGCGUGCAGGAAAAGCUCUCUCUACCUUUUUUGUUAUACAUUUGUGACAGCUUUGAAAUCUCUAAUUACACGUUAUCAGGGUUAUUCACUACAGUGAGAAUUGUCAGGAUUUCAAAAAGAAUUUUAAUUUUUAGACUAAAUUAGCCGAACUACAAAAACCUCCAAGUCAGCUGUGAUUUCCGUUCAGCUCAUUUGGCCUUAAAUCUAAAAAUUCAGUUUGAAUUCCUGCAAAGUCUUACUUUAGUUAAUGACCCUGUAUACAAUUUUCUGGCACCUUCAUAUUUUAAUAAACUAACAAUGAUCCAUGUAAUGGAACUGUAAUGCAAAAAAACUGUUCAAUCAAAAACACAUUUAUUUGAAGGUAGUCUCCUAAUGAUUUUCCUCGUACACUCUAGAGAAUACGUGUUGCAAUGACCAAGGAGCUGCACGGUAUCUCUGAAAACCAAGAUGAGGAGGAAAUUAAAAAGAAAAUAAAAGGUAACUUGAAAGUAAACUAUAUGUUAAUACUAAGCUGUUAAAGGAAUGACUCCAUAAUGACCCAUUCUAAAGUGCGGCAGCUGUGAAAAUACAAAGUUAACACUUUGACAAUAUUAUUGUCUGUUUUCAUUCAACCCAGACAGAAUUGGUUGAGGGUGGUGGAGGUGGGUUAUCCCAGUAUUUUUAUCCAAAUUGGCAUUGAUAAAAGGUGCUGGUUCUGCAUUCUCAUUGCUGCUGAGAAUAGACACGUUACAUCAAAGCAUUCCUGAACGGACUCGUAAUAAAUGGGGGUCAGCAUCCAGGCGCUCUCUAGGCAACAUGAACUUUACAUCGAGCUCCCUAUAAGCGACUAUUUCUAUUUGCCUUCUCCAGACUGUGAAAAACGAAGAGCGUUCCCAAACUUUGUGGACCGUUUAUUUGGAGGAGAGCUCACUAGUACAAUUAUGUGUGAGGAAUGUCAUACGGUAAGCGAAAACAUAUUUCCUGUCGUUGGAGUUCUCAACGUGUCGUCAUCUGCUAUGUUCGAAAGAACAAUAUAUACUAUACUAUGUAUCAUUAAAAUUCACCAUUACAAUACUUUGCGUUUUCAAAUGCAUGCAUUACAUUUUACUCUGAAAUUAAAAUUGUCUGUAUUGAUGUGAUGGCGACUCAGAGUAGACAUUGGAGUGCUGGUUUAGCAUGGGGCAUCAGUGUUCUAGUGUUUCGAAGUAGAUAUGGGGGUGCGGGUUUUACAGCCUGGUUACUCGUUAAACAAAAACGGUUGGCAAUUUGCCAGGGAAUUUAAUCCAAUUUAGUUGAAAUAGAAAAUUUAUAUAAUGACAUAACAAACCCUAAAGGUCCUGCCUGCUAUGAAGAGAGAUAAGGUUAAUAACUGUCAAUUAAAAAACAUUAUCUAACUUUCUGUGAAUAUAUCUAUAUCUAUGCGGUCGAGAUAGCUCAAUGGGCUAAUGCAUCAUGAAUAGAAUCUGUUCAACCUGGAAGGUUGACUCAGCCCUUAAUCCUUCUGAGGUAGAUAAAAUAAGUACAAGAGGCAAAAGUACACAUCCCCAAUAUUUCCUGUUUAAACAAUGAUAUUAUUAUAUAUUUUUUUCUUGAACUAUACUAUAAUAGGUUAACAUACACAAUUAAAAUGAAAAUUAAUGUUAAUUUAUUUAUUUAUUUAUUUUUUUCAUCUUUUCCAAGGUGUCACUGGUGCAUGAACCAUUUCUUGACCUUUCCCUUCCUGUUUUGGAUGAUGUGGUAAGAGAUGCGCUAACUGUGUUAAGCCAUUACUGUCCUAUAUUGUAAAGCACUACUGACACACUUAUUUACACUAUAUAAUUAUAAGCACUUUGUAUCAGUAUGUAUUCAUUAUUUAUCUGUAUAUAGAAACAUAGAAUGUGACGGCAGAUAAGAAUAUUCAGCCAAUCUAGUCUGCCCAAUUUUUUAAAAUACUUUCAUUAGUCCCUAGCCUUAUCUUAUAGUUAGGAUAGCCUUAUGCCUAUCCCACGCAUGCUUAAACUCCUUCACUGUGUUAACCUCUACCACUUCAGCUGGAAGGCUAGUCUAUGCAUCCACUACCCUCUUCGUAAAGUAAUACUUCCUGAUAUUAUUUUUAAACCUUUGUCCCUCUAAUUUAAGACUAUGUCCUCUUGUUGUGGUAGUUCUCCGUCUUUUAAAUAUAGUCUCCUCCUUUACUGUGUUGAUUCCCUUUAUGUAUUUAAAUGUUUCUAUCAUAUCUCCCCUGUCUCGUCUUUCCUCCAAGCUAUACAUGUUAAGAUCCUUUAACCUUUUCUGGUAAGUUUUAUCCCGCAAUCUAUGAACUAGUUUAGUAGCCCUUUCCUCUAUUGUACAGCACUACGGAAGAUGUAGGUACUCUAUAAAUACCAAAUAAUCUAAUAAACCGAAUCAUUUAAAACGUAAUUACAAAAUUUAGAUUAAAGUAGCCAAGCUGUGAUGGAAUUGGAGAUUUUGGUUCUGUAUUGUUGCCUACAUUCUGCAGUUUAAAUCUAAGUUCACUACAAUUCUGAGAUUAAUGCAGCACUUGUUGUGUGGGUGAAAUAUUGAGGCUCCUAUGUUAGAGGGUGCGGAAUCAGUCUUUCAAAAACACAACUUUACUUAUUGCAGCUCUCAAGAAAGGUUUCUCCUAAAACCUCAAAAAAUUUUGGGGGAAAGAAGCCUCAAGAAGAAGAUGAUGAUGAUGAGGAUGACGACGAUAGCUAUGUGAAAGAGAAAAGUGAAGGGACUGGAACAAGUAAACAUCUUCAGAAAAAGGCCAAGAAACAAGCUAAAAAGCAGGCAAAGGUUGGUAAUUAGGAACUAUGAAAAGCAGGUAGAGACAUGACUUCCUGUGAGAAGAAUAUGACCUCUUACAAACCUGGUUAGGAAUAAUUAAUGUUCAUCAUGAGUGCGGUUACUCAUUCAGAAUCACAUAUUGCUCAAGUUAGGUCUGUUUGUUAAUCCUAAACCCUGGGGGAAUGCUCUAAACUCUACCAGAACCGCUAUAACUUAAAGGGACACUAUAGUCACCUGAACAACUACAGCUUAUUGUAGUUGUUCUGCUGGCGAGUAUAGUCAGUCCUGCAGGAUUUUUCCUGUGAACAAAUUAGUGCUCCACUACAUUAGAGGUGCUUUCUGGGUUGUACAUCAAUGCUCUGCAUUGAGGCACUGAACUAUCACCAUAGAGAUUCAUUGAGCCCAUGCAUCUCUACGUGGAGAUGCUGAUUGGCCAGCACAGCAUUUUAUGUGCAUGCGAAAUAGCCUCACAAUGCUUUUCUCUGGGAAAGCAUUGGAUUAGCUGAGGUUGUCAGUUCUUAUAAACUCAGCCAAGGAGGUGAAAUGUGGAUGGGGUCAGCGGCGGUUGACAAGCUUGGUGCUAAAAUAAAGGUGAGUUUUCAACUUAUUAAAGGGGGGCUAGGGAGCUAAAUAGUGUUUUUACCACUAUAGGGUCAGGAAUACACAUUUUGUAUUUCUGACCCUAUAGUGUACCUUUAAUGUAAUGGUGCAAAAAGUCGGUCCCUGCUGUGUAGCUCACCCCCUUACUGAGAUACCUUGACUGGCUGAUAAAUUUAGGUCUACAUAUCUUACUCACUCCUAAUGAAGGGACUUCCAAGGGAUUAGAAAAUUACAUGACAUAAUUACUGUGGAACAUAAGUGAAAGAGUGCUCAAAACACUCCACUGGCCUGCCGUGCUUCGUAAGGGUCAUUGUGAGGACCCUCCUUUUUGUUUGUCUGUAUAUGUCGCAUUAUGUUUAUAAUUAAAGAAAUCAAUAUCAUAAUUUUUUAGUUUGAAUCAAUUUUUAUAUUUUUAUUUUUACAGAAUCAGCGUCGGCAGCAGAAAUUCGAAAAUAAGACAGUGCUCUUCAACAAUCUGUGUGCCACACAGAAGGAAGAUGACAGUGGCAACGAAGAAUCGGUCUCAGACAAGCCUGAGUCGGAAACUAACCCAAAGCAGGAUGCUAACGGCCAUUCUGACAAUUUAGAUACGGUCAGUCGAGAAGAUAAUGCUAAUUUGGAAAGUGAUUCUAAAGGACAGACAGAACAUUCUGCUGAGAACACUGUGACAUCAGAGGAAAUCGUGGGAGCUAGUUCUGCACUCUGCAAAGAAAAGCUGGAAAGUAAUACUGACAUAGAAAUAGGCAAUCCAGAAAACAACAUGGAUAUAGGAAAUCUGGAGCGCAAAGCAGACGUGGAUGUAGGAAUUCUGGAAAAUAACAGUGAGCUGGGAGUCAAGGUUUUGGAAACCGGUAAUGAAAUCCAUGUAAGAAACCUGGAAAAUGGAACAGAAAUGGCUGUAGGAAAUCUGGAAAAUAACACUGAAUCUGCUGCGUUUCUGGAAAAUGGUUCCACUGGAUGUCUAAACACGGAUACCAGCGAGCUCCAAGAUGAAUCGUCACAUGUUCAGCUUGAUGGCAAUAAACCUUGCACAGAACAAUUCAAUGAAGAAGACCAAUUAACGGAAAAUUUAAAUAGACUUAAUUUGGGUCCAGUCAUUAAUCCAAGUGAAAUAGAGCUUGAGAUAAUUGAUGAACCGCCUGAAGCACAUGUCUACGAAGUGGUGAUGGAGGACCCAAAAACUGCCUUUUGUACACUAGCGGACAGACUAGAUCUCCCGUUGGAUGAAUGCACUGUGCUCCGUUGUCUUUCUCAGUUUACUCACAAAGAAAACCUGACUGGGAACAAUCAGUUGCUUUGUAAUAUGUGUACACGAAAACAUGCAAGUAAACCAAAGAACAAUAUUAAAGGUAAGACAAGUUCCCUUUUUGGUUUUGGCUAAAUAUAUCCAGAACAAGAAACAAAACAUCUUAAGAAAAAAUGAGUGAUAUACAUUUUCAUUGAGGAAUUACUUGAUGUGCCAAAUACAUUAAAUAAAAAAAAUGUAAACCUGUUACUGCAGUGAUGCUCUGCCUUUUCCAGGAAAGGAUUCAGACAGUCGUAAUGCUGUCUUACCUCUCCAUAGCAGUGCUCAGCUGAUCCCAAUUUUUUUGGGGGGGAGUUGUAGUUCAGUUGUCCGCUUUCUCCUGUGUAGUAUUACAUCCUGUAGAGUUACAUAUUUUAAAGACAAGAAUGAUCAGUCAGAAGCCACUCAGUCUGAUCUUAACCCAUAAACCCUUGCUGAACCGAGAAUUAAAGAAAUAAGUAGUUAUAUCUGUCCCUAUCUCACUCAUCACAUUGAACUAUCUAUUAACUGAUAACAGCUGUAAUUAAUUUCUAAAUAGAUCAGUUCAGUCUGUGUGCAGCGAUUGGCACAGCCACUGAUCGCACGUGCUUGUGGCUUGUCUCAUUUUCCAAAGAGGAGAGAGAUCCUGAGAGAUUCUUCCCACUAGUGUGUAAAGACCCGUCCUUUGUUAUAUCCGAGGCAUGGGAGGGGGGGGGGGUGGGGGUGGAGAUGCUAAGAACGGAGAGUGGGAGAAUUAUACUGUCUACAUGAUAACCAUUUCAAUAACUUAAAGUUCUCUCAGCUUCACAUGUGCCACGUUUUAACUUUCAGUGUUCUUGUUCUCACAGUUAGAUUGUAAUGUUUGGAAAUCCUGUGAAUACAUAUCAUUAUAAUGAUAUUCUGUUACAGGAGACAAGAAAUUUGUUUACACCAAUGCCAAGAAGCAAAUGUUGAUAUCUGACCCUCCUCCAAUCCUUACUCUACAUCUGAAACGGUUUCAGCAAGUAAGUCUGUGCUUUCAAGGGUGAUUUGAAAAGAGUCUGUGUGUCUUCUUGGGUUAAAGGCUCGCUGUGUUAAUUUACAUCUAUAUUAACCACAGGUUCUAAUACGGAAUCUGACGUUCGUUAUAAAAAAAAUAUGCAAUUAUUGUACUCCAAAAGCAAACAAUAAUAUACUUAACGACAUGAGAGAGCGAGAGAGAUCUUUUGAUGUAGUCGUCUUUGUAUCAACAAGUUAGGGACACACCCAGAGAGCCGAAUGAAGAGUACUAGAAGAGAACGUGGUCCUUUUGCAUAAUGUUCUUUAUAGGCAAAAUUACACUAUAGAUUUUAAAUUAAACUCUGUCCAUAUAAGGACACUACCCCUAAUCUCCCUAUACAGCACAUUUCAGAGUCCUCAUGGUACAGAAUAGCAAACUGCCAUCUGCUCUUUUUAACCCAUUAGACAUGCAGACCUUAAUAUGUAUUUGAACAGGAAUAUAGAAUAUGUAAUAUUCUACAAGGGGGUACUAAACGCACCCAGAACAUUGUAUCUCAAUGAAGUAGGUGGGUGCAGCACCUCUGGUGUUUUAGCCCUGCAAUCUGUUAGUAAACACACCACCAGUGAUUGUCUUCCUGAGAGCCACAGGAGUCUGACUCCGUUCUGUGACAUUCUUGCCAUCAAACCCUGAUCAUAGGUAAGCAUAGUAUUCCGUUAUACCUUAUGAGAAGCAUUUGAUUAGACUAGUGAGGCAUUUGCCAUGCUUGCGCACGUCAUCCCCAAUACAUCUGUAUGAAAAGCAUUGGAUCGGACAAUAAGCCAGGAAGUGGCGCUUCCAGGAUAACGUCGCGGGAAGAGGAGUGGGCAGAAACACAUUGGGUCUUGGCACUGGGAUAAAGGUAAGUAAAAACAUUUUCGUUAUGGUUUAAUUUAGGGCGCCCUUGCAUCUAACUAGUGAGGAGUACAAUAUAGUGUUACGAAUACAUGUUUGUAUUCCUAACGCUAUAUUGUUCCUUUAAAGUAUUUGCUGUCAUUUAUAAUAUUUAUUUAUUACAUUUUUUCUAAUUUUCUUCCAUGGUUUGAACUAUUGGACUGUAAUAUUUUUCCUCUUUUUUUUUUUUUUUUUUCUCUAUUUUUAGAAUGGUUUCAAUCUCCACAAAAUUAACAAGCAUAUCAAGUUUCCUGAACUGAUAGACUUGGCACCCUUCUGCACGGUGAAAUGCAAGGUGAGUGAGCAUAAUGCAAAACUGCAAUGCAGAAUUCAUAGUUCCGAAGGUAAUUAAUGUUACUUAGUCAUGUGUUGGUCAUCUUAAAGCGUCACUGUCUGGGGACAUUGAAGAAUUCGAAAAGACCCCUGAUGUUGACAUUGCCAUUAGGGUUUGCAGGGCAGGUGAAGGUAAGGUUUAACAGUGGGUCCACUUCAGCUUCUGGUGCUCCUGUCCCUUGCAAGAGUACAGCAUUGAGAUCUAUGGAGGAACCCAAAGAUCCUCCAUACACAGAGACCAUUACCGGCAGCCAUCACUGAUGACGACAGAGAGGACUGACACUUAUCGACAGCGGUAUCUCCGCCCAGUGUCAAGAAGGCAUGGAAAUGUAAAGAGACAAAGUAGACCCUACUUUUUUCUGUAUAUCUGUUGACAGGGUUUAAAUUUCAGUCAAAAUUAGUAUUUCAUAAUCCUUCUAUUCUAUUCUAUUUUUUGGGGUGGGGGAGAGGAAUAGAUAUUUUAUUUUUUUGCGCAAUGAUAAAUAUUUUUAAAAAGUAGUUUUUUUUGCAGAUAACAUGUAUAAAAACAAACAUUCCUUUUUAUUUAGUUAAUUAAAAGUAGAAAUCACAUGUCACAGGGAGGGUUAACUUAAAAGCUAACAACUGUUCAUCAAUUGAUGGAGGAUAUCGGAAGGCUUAGAAGAUCUCGGUUGAGCUAGUAAAUAUUGCUGCCACAUCGUCAAAGAAAAGCAAGGCUUAAUUCUCAUGGUGUGCCUGGCAUAAACAAAUGUAUACUUCUCUCAUUUAUUCUGGAGGAAAUCUGCUACUCCUUUCACUUAAUGUGUAUAUAGAAUUUAUACAUGUGGGUAAUAUACUCACCUCCUGAUUAUUUUUAAUGUAAGUAGGGGAUAAGCUCAGCUUGUUUCUAAAAGAGAUUAAAUGAGUGCUAUUUAUCUACAGAAUAUCCCCAAAGGAGAGUCUAGAUUAUUAUAUUCCUUGUAUGGAGUCAUCGAACACAGCGGAACCAUGAGGUCAGGACAUUACACAGCUUACGUCAAGCUGAGGAAUCCAAAUUCUCGAUUUUAUGACCUUGUACUUCGGAGUGAAAUACCUGAAGGUAAACUAUAUAUGCCAUGUAUGUGUGUGAUAUUUUUAUAGUCUUAAUUAUAUUCUAAGCCAUUUCUUUCCCUUUUUCCUACACAGAAUCGAACAUUGAGCCCACCAGGGGACCAUGGUAUCACAUUAGUGACAGUCAUGUGCAAGCAGUUCCACUAAGCAAAGUUCUUAACUCACAAGCUUACCUCCUGUUUUAUGAGCGAAUACUGUAA